AUGAGAGAAGAAGAGAGAGCCAUUCUAUCCUUCCAUACGUUACCGAACCUUAAAACUUCACACUCUUCGCUCACGGAAACCACGUACCACCACGAACCUCUGUGGAGAAACCCGCAAUUCAGCUGCAGAAUCCGGAGUGGUGGACGUGAUGGCAGUUUUGGUCAUUUUGCUUCACUUUCAAUGGCAGAGAUUAAGAAAGAUAAAAGAAAUGAGUUCGCGCCGAGUUCGGCUCAGCUAUUGAAGCAUCCGUUAGCAAUACUUGCUUAUGUGCCGAGAGAUGCUGCGAUUUUUGCCGCUGGAGCUGUGGCUGGUGCCGCCGCGAAGACUGUCACGGCUCCGCUUGACCGUAUUAAGCUACUCAUGCAGACUCAUGGAGUGCGGGCCGGGCAAGAAAGCGCUAAGAAGGCAAUUGGUUUCAUUGAGGCGAUAGUAAUGAUAGGGAAAGAAGAAGGAAUUAAAGGGUACUGGAAAGGAAACCUUCCUCAGGUGAUUCGGAUCAUACCUUAUAGCGCCGUCCAGCUCUUUGCUUAUGAAACUUACAAGAAAUUGUUUAAGGGAAAGGAUGGUGAGCUCUCGGUUAUUGGCAGACUUGCUGCAGGUGCUUGUGCAGGCAUGACAUCUACUUUUGUAACAUAUCCUUUGGAUGUCCUGAGAUUACGCUUAGCUGUUGAACCAGGGUAUCGCACUAUGUCUGAGAUUGCAUUAACAAUGUUACGGGAGGAAGGAGUUGCAUCGUUUUACUAUGGUCUUGGACCUUCUCUUCUUGGCAUUGCUCCAUAUAUUGCUGUGAACUUUUGCGUUUUUGACUUGGUGAAGAAGGCAUUGCCUGAGAAAUAUCAACAGAAGACUCAAUCAUCUCUACUGACAGCUGUUGUGUCCGCUGCUGUUGCAACACUCACAUGCUAUCCUUUGGAUACAGUAAGAAGACAAAUGCAAAUGAAGGGUACACCUUACAAAUCAGUUUUGGAUGCCUUUCCAGGAAUUGUGCAUCGUGAUGGAGUUAUUGGCUUGUAUAGGGGUUUUCUGCCCAAUGCAUUAAAGAACCUCCCAAAUAGCAGCAUUAGGCUUACCACUUUUGAUGUCGUGAAGCGUCUAAUUGCUGCAAGUGAGAUAGAGUUUCAGAGAAUUGUGGAGGAAAACCGCCAGAAACAAAACCAGGAUGCCAGUAAAUGA